AACAGAAGCAAAUUCAAAACCCGAUAUUUUUGAUGGUAAAAUGGAUUAAAAAUAAGCAAAAACAACUUCAAACAAUCAAAUAAUGUCGUCCGAUAUUCAAAGCAUUUGCAGAAUUUGCAUGCACGGUGAAAACGACAUGCAAUCUGUGUUUGAAAAACUUGAAGAUGCAUUCAUCGCACAAAUUAUCUUUGAGUGCACUGCUGUUCAGGUUUUCGAAAACGAUGGUCUUCCGGAAAACAUUUGCCGCAAUUGCUUGGAAGAGUUGAUCAAGUUUCAAAAAUUCCAACAAAAGGCCCGAAACACCGAUAUUGCACUGAAAAAGCUAUUUCAAGAAAAGGUCGAGAUUAAAUUUGAAAAGCCUGCACUGGAAAUUGGUGACGAAGGGCCACAAUUUGAAACGGUGCUGGCCGAUGAACGUGGUGGUGAAUUGAGUGAGGGGAACAGUGAAAAUGACGGCGGAGAUGUGAUAGUAAAGAACGAUCAAAAUGGGCAUAACUUGCAGUUGAAAAUGUUUGAAAUGAUCGAAGUUGAUCGAGGAAAGUUGCUUUGCUGUGAAUGUCUGAAUCAAUUUGAAGGUGAAGAACAACUUCAAGAACAUCUUAGGGAGAAUCACCCAAUUGAGGAUGGUUUACAAAAGAGUAGAAAGCAUCUUUGCAAGCAUUGCAACCGAUCUUAUUCGUCAGUAAAUGCUGUUCGAAAUCACCAACGUAAAAUUGAAUCAAUCAGCAUUAUAUUUGAGUGUGAAACGUGCAAAUUUCGAGCUUACAACGCUCAGAAGUGCACCCAGCACGGUAAAACCCAUCAUCAGAAGAAAUCCCUAGAGAAGGCUCAACCUUCGUUGGAAGAACUUUUUGACCGCCACGGACGGCUGUGCUGUGCGCUAGGCUGUUUGGAGAUGUUUGAAACGGAGUCGCAGUUGAUGUCACAUGCCCAAGCUGUUCAUAGGAUCAGCCGAGUUGAGACCUCGCUGGCGGAGGAAAAACCUGUAGAAUGUAACAUUUGCUUCAAGCGAUUCAAGGACGACGAAUGCUUGCAGCGACAUUUGCGCUUCAAGUACCAGCCUUCGAAGAAUAUCUGCACAAUUUGUGGGGCGAAGUUUCCCAGUUUGUCCGCGAUGGCCAUUCACGAGCGGAGUCACACCAAAGAGAAGCCUUUCAAGUGUGAAAUUUGCUGUAAAGCGUUUGGAGAUAGGCAGAGUCUUAGACGACACAACGUGAAGCAUACCAAUGUGAGGCCCUUUAUGUGUUCGAUUUGUGGGAUGAGCUUCAAGCGUAAAACCGCCAUGCUUGCGCACAUGGCCGUUCAUGAGCCGGGGUUGAAACAGUUCAAGUGUGAUAACUGCGAAAAACGGUUCCGCAACAAGGCCAAGAUGCUUUAUCACAUGAGAACUCACACCGGAGAGAAGCCGUACCCGUGCCGGUAUUGUGAGAAGUCGUUUGCAGAUUUUUCGAACCGAUUGAGACAUGAAAUGUCGCACACUGGCGAAAAACCAUAUAAAUGUUCUUACUGUCAUUUGGAAUUUGUUGCGAAACGAUCCCAACGAGAACAUGAAGCAAUUCACAAAAGAAGAGAGGCGAAUAAGAUAAAUACGUAAAACUUUAAAAUAAAACAAAUAUUUUAAAU